CGUACUGGAGAAGUGUAUACAUGGAAUCCAGAGUGGUGUCGGAUGGGGGCUGUCACCUUGCAACCCCAUGGCCAUGAUGGUCGUGGGAAUAAGCCGGUUGGGGCUAGGCCGCCUGUCCGCUUUGGGCCUAGGCAAAGUAACGGUAGCAUGCUCCACAUACAUGCUCCACUCUCCAGACUCUGCACUCUCCACGCAACAACCACAUUACAACAAUGCACUCUUGCUGCCCCUUUUGCAAUGCCCAGCGCAUACUAUACCUUACCAUACCAUACCCAGUCCCAUACAUGCCAGCCAGUCUCCGCCAGACAAUGCCCGGAGCCUCCUCCCUCCCCCUGCCCACGUACCCCUAGCCGAUACAACCCUUCUCUCCCUCCGUGGUGGUACGGCUUGGAUCGUGGUCAUUUGCGACAUCGCUUGCCUGUCAAAUGCCACCGCCCUGCUCGCUGAAACUUCCACACCAUUGCCGUGCCUGCAUACCAGACCGUCUCUGCUGCUGCUGCUGCUUGCCUUGCCUAUUUACCUGUCUGUCUGUCUGUCCGGCUGGCUGGCUAGCUGCUCGACUGCAAUCAAUGCUGCUGCUACUACUACCACUCUUGCCCUGUACCGUGUCGUGUCGUCGUGUCGUCUAUGCCAUCCACCCUCAACAUCCAUACACCCUUCCACCCUUCCACCCAUCUACCCUUCCAUUCCUUCAUUUAUCCUCCCCCCUCCCCCUUCACCCCCCCACCGCUGUCACCAUCAAUUGGAAACAGAUCCAGCAAACAACCUUCCCCCAUCAAAAAAAGAAACAAACAGACGACGCUACAACACCAUCAGCAUUCGUCAUCUGCAACCCUUCCCAUUGCUGAAACCCUUCAAAAGCCCCCGGAUGACCCUUCGCUCCCAGUCUGACUGCGCCAUCAACUCCCACGCCAGCACUCCCUCCGCCACAGAUCAUCCCAACCGCUGCCGCUAUAUAAAACCCAUGCUCGACUUUUGGCAGAGCCUACUAGCGGCUCUUGAACGUCUCGCCAUGCUCCCCUCGCUUAUCCACUCCGUCUUUCCCUCGUUCCCCUCUCGAAAGCGUCUUCGAGAUGUAGUGCGGACCUACGACAGAACCAUGGACGACGUCUUGCUCGACGUCCAGCGUCUGCUCGAGGCCCCCCUCGCCCCCACCAAGCUGCUGCACAUGUCCCAAAGGCUGCAGUCCCAGUUCGCCCCCAAGCUCCAGGCCAGCGACAUCUGCAUGCUGCCAUCUUACAACCACAAGCUCCCUUCCGGAUCCGAAAAGGGAACCUACCUCGCCCUCGAUGUCGGCGGUUCCACCUUCAGAAUCGCCGUCGUCGACCUGUCCGGCCACCAGCCCGGUGCCAAGAGCAUGCGCAUCGUCAACAUGAAGAGUUACAAGAUCGACAAUUCCGUUCGCCAUUUGCGCGGCAGUGCUUUCUUCGACUGGAUGGCCGAGAAAAUCGAGACGGCCAUUUCGGACCCGCAAGUCGAAAAACUUCACCAUGGCUCGCAAGAGUUCGCAAUGGGCCUAGCGUGGUCUUUCCCCGUAGAGCAAACAUCAAUUCGUAGCGGCAACCUACUCACCAUGGGGAAAGGCUUCCUCGCGACAGAAGGCACGCUUGGGCAGGACCUGAGUGAGCUAAUCAUGACCCCAUGCAGGAAACGGAACCUACCCGUCCGCCUCGAUUCCAUAGUCAACGAUUCUUCAGCAACCCUCUUGUCACGUGCCUAUGAGGAUCCGGCCACUAGAUUUGCAGUCAUUCUCGGCACAGGCUUCAACAUUGCCGUUCACCUCCCCACUUCGGCCCUGGCGACUUCAAAGUACAAGGGCUACCCGCAGAAAUGGCUCGACGAAGCCAAACAUGUCCUCGUCAACACGGAGCUCAGCAUGUUCGGCAAAGACGUCUUCCCGCUGACCAGGUGGGACGAGCAGCUCAACUCGGCCCACGACCGUCCCGACUUCCAGCCCUUCGAACACAUGAUCAGCGGCCGGUACCUUGGCGAAAUCGUGCGCCUCAUCAUCGUCGACGCCGUGCGGUCGGCAGGCCUCUUCAGCGGCGAAAUCCCAGACCGGCUCAACGAGCCCUACGCCCUCGACACGGGAACCCUCGCAGCCAUGGAACUCGACGAGUCCAAGAACCUCAGCAACGCCAUCGCCCUGUUCCACACCAAGCACAGCUCCAGCAGACCCCCUUCCUACAACGACAUCCACUUUGUCCGCCAGGUCUCGCAGCUCGUGUCCCACCGCGCCGCCGCCUUCCUCGCCGCCGGCAUCCACGCCCUCUGGACCCUGCGCAUCGCCGCCGAAGGCCUGACCCCCGCCGCCGCUGGCAAACUCGCCAUCGGCUGCAACGGCUCCGUCAUCGAGAAGUACCCGCUGUUCCGCGGCCUGUGCCAGUCCCAUCUCGACGAGCUGACCACGGCGUCCGGCGCCGAGCCUAAAUCCAUCGCGCUCGAAAUCGCCGUCGAGUCGGCUAUUUUCGGCGCCGCCGUUGCCGUCUGCUGCCUCGAAGAUGAAGCGUAA